GUCUAUCCUCGAGGCUUUUAGGGAGGUGUCUCUCCUGCACCUUCUCUUUUCUCGACUCCCUGACGGGAAGCAGAGUUAGAGGGCACGAAUCAUGGAGGAGAAGGUGCCACCCACUUUGGCCAACACUAAACCGCACCUGGAGAAACUGACCCUCGGGAUCACUCGUAUCUUGGAAGCAUCUCCGGGAGUGACAAAAGUGCAGAUCAUUGAAAAGGAACCUGCUGAGCGCCAUAUGAUUGCUUCAUGGGAACUAAAAAAUGACUGUGCAAUGCCAGAGGAUUUGAAGAAUUUUUACCUGAUGACAAAUGGUUUCCACAUGGUGUGGAGUGUGAAGCUCGAUGAUCAGCCUGUGCCUUUGGGCUCUCUGGUGAUUAACAGCAUCGCAAACCUGACUCAGCUCACCCAGUCUGCUAUGUACACACUUCCCAACUCACCAACUCUGGAGGAUCUAGAGGAUGAGGAAGAUGAAGCUAAUGAAGACCAGCCAGAGAAGCCCCACUUUGACUCCCGAAGUAUAAUAUUUGAGCUGGAUUCCUGCAAUGGGAAUGGCAAAGUGUGUCUUGUUUACAGAAGGACUUCACCAGUAGCCAAAGAGAGCAAGAUCUGGUUCCUAGACAGAGCUUUGUAUUGGCACUUUCUCACAGACAACUUCACGUCCUACUACCGCCUGCUGAUCACGCACAUGGGCCUCCCCCAGUGGCAGUACGCCUUCACCAGCUACGGUGUUAGUCCGCAGGCCAAGCAGUGGUUCAACAUGUAUAAGCCCGUUACCUACAAUACUCCGGUGCUCACAGAAGAGAACGACUGCUUUAUAAACAAGCUAGACCCCAGCAAGGUAUUCAAGAAUAAGACCAAAACCUUAGUCCCCACCAAAAGAGGGGGGACCCCGCACCCUCCGGGCUCCCAAAAAGGAUCAUCGAGUUCUUCCACCAAAUCUUCCUCUGGAAACCCUGUCAGAAAGUGAGCAGCCUCUCACCAGAUGGGUCCUUCCCUGGCAUCAGGAGAGCUCCAAGGCCCUCAUCCUCCUCUCCCAGGAAACUGGGGCCUACCCAAAGGCCCAGAACUGUGCAACCCAGAAAGCAAUGGCAUUCUAUCAUUCCUGCCACCCACCCUCAAGGGAGCCAGGGGCAGUUUUAGCCCCCUCUGGACCUCUGGCAGUGUCUGAGGAGACCCUGGCACUGAUCAGAGGAGCCCUUUACCCCCGGCACCCAAGUCAAUGCCCGAGGACUUAGCGGUCUGGGGUCCACAUUCUCCAUGCCUGCUUUUUACCCUGCCCUUGCAGGCAAACAUACGAUUGAUAACAUGUUGCUCAACUGAAUUAUUGCUGGGUAAAAGCUUUGACAGCUCCUGAAAAAACCCAGAUACUUUCCCUUUAGAGAUGCCAGACUCAUGGGAAAGUCAACAAAGACCCAUGCAUUUAAUACCCUGUUUGUUUUUCAUUAUCAAUGGAGCCAAACCAAGAAAAUGUAUUCUUCCCUGGUUUUUGGUGAGGUGUUUUUACCUCUUGGUGUCUCAGAGGGUUUCAUUUUUCUGUGGUUUACUGCUAAACCUGAAAUGUUUACCUCUGGAAAAUUGUUCUGGAAUAAAAAUGAGCCUCUCUGGCUAUUUUAAA